UGCAGCUGCUGGGCCAGCUCGGUAACGCGCGAACCGCGUGCGUUCCUCCUGAUAACGCGAUAACGCAUCCAUUUAUAACGAGGUGACGGUCUCCAACCCAACGCGGUAAUGUUAUACUCGUGUCAUUGUUUCGCGACAUUUUCCAUGCUCCCUCAAAACGCGUGAACAUGUGUUUUUUACAACGCGGCGAAAAUUUGGAGUAACCUAUUAUCAACGUUGUUUCGUAUUUCCGUUUUUACCAUAAUCUUUCUAUAACAUUGUUACAACUUUUUUAAAAGACCCUUUCGCCUGUCUCUUGAUAACACGACGACGUUUUACGUGUCGUCCCUUCGCGUUAAUUCCUCAUUAAAAUGUGAUAACGCCUCAGCAAUAUUUUUAAAUACCGUCGCAACACUUGGAACGUCUUAUCACAACGCGAAAAGAGCCGCCGAAAGGAGUGGAAAGUAAAUGUCUAGAAGAACUUGGAAGUGAGACUUCGUCUUCCCCGGUGAUAACGCUGCAACUCGUGGAUCUAUUUUUCCGACAUUCGCGAUAAGCCUCGAUGAUUCACGGAGUUCUGAAUAUUCAGAAGAUUCCGUGCCCGCAGUCAGUACUGCGGUUUGCAUCAGUGGCAUCGUUUGAGCAUUAAAAAAGCAAUCUUAUGCGGGAUCCGGAUAAUAAUCGCUAUUUCUGUUCCCUCCAACUUAUCAUCUGGCGACUUUAAUUAGAGCCUCGUUCUUUUUCUAACGCGGCUCGAUCUUCCGAUUUAUUCUCCUAUCGCGAGCAUGCAGCAGCGAUUGACCGCGUUAUCAUGAGCAGAUAUGAGCGGAGAUACCUUCACCUCGAUUUUUGAUCGCCUUGAUAUUUCCACGUUUGCCCGAGAGUACGUCAAGCCCUCCCCAGCUGUUCGCAGUCGCCCGCCAGUUGCAUUCUUAUCGCGUCUUUGAGCCGAGGAAGAAUAAAUUCUUAUCUCCCCCAAAUUCAAGGAAUGGUCCUUCAAGAUAGUCUAAAAUAUUCAGCGCGCAACCUCGGACAGUCGGGAAAUAAAAGUGCCGUGGAAGAAAUCCGUCUCUUCUGGGCGAUUUCAUUUUGGAGUUACACUUUCCCGUGAGAAGUUCGGAGCGACCCCGGAAGAUGGCGUCGUUGACCGGCUGCGCAGAAGUUAGUAAAAAAACUGGUCGAUAAGGGAUUGUCGAGGAAGGAGGCGCAGGGGUCCUCCAGGAACGGGUUCCACGAGGAGUUCCAGGACCCAGGACCUGAAAUUGUCAUCUCAGAGGCCGAAGAAGGGGAAAAUCAUCGAUCUAGGAAAAACAGCUCAUCGGAGGAUCCUUUCCCGAAAGAUCCUGGCCUGGCGAGCAGAAACGGUCUUAUCAUGCCGGAACCACGAGGAGCGGAGGUCCUUCCAAGGGACGACGAAGAGGUCAACCUGGACUUGAACGAGCCCUCGCCGGAAGUCAUGGAGUUCUCUCGAAGAGAACUUGGGGAGACCGACGAGGUCAAGUGUCAGACUCUUCAGGAACUGCGCGACACGAUAUACGAGAGAGGAGAAUGUUUGCCACACCGGACCGACGACGCCUUUUUGAUCCGAUUCCUGCGCGCCAGGAGUUUCAAUGUCAACCGAGCCCAUCGAUUGGUCGUGAACUAUUACAACUUCAAAGGGGACCACCCGGAGAUCCACCAGAAUGUGAACCCUCUGGAGAUGAAGUACAUCGGGGAGGAGGACAUCAUGACCGUCCCGGCAUAUCGAACGCAAUGUGGCCGAAGGAUGAUGAUCUACAGGCUGGGCAACUGGGAUCCUAAGAAGUACAAGCUGGAAGAGAUCUUCAAGGCCACCGUGAUCGUCCUAGAGCUUGGUAUCCUGGAGCCCAGGGCGCAGGUCCUGGGUGGCGUCGUCAUCUUCGACUUCCAUGGUAUCACGAUGUCCCAUGCUUGGACGAUAACUCCUCAGGUGGCCGGCAUGGUCCUCGCCCUUAUGGUGACGUCCUUCCCCAUGAAGACGCACGCCAUUCAUAUCCUCCACCAGUCGUGGGUCUUCGACGCCAUCUUCGCGGUUUUCAAGCCCUUGCUGGACAGGCGAAUGCAGGAUAAGAUAUUUUUCCAUGGGAGUGAUAUGGCGAGUCUCCAUCGACAUAUCGCUCCGACGUCCUUGCCGAAGAAGUAUGGCGGGACUCGAGAAGAACUUCCAUAUUACAAAUGGAUCGAAUCCCUCAGCACGAGGCCACAGAUCGUCCUGGAGAUGAAGCAGCAGGGCUACGUCAUCUCGGAGGAACUCCUCAAGAUAAUUCCCGAAUAGUGGGACCAAGACGCAGGAUAGUCGCCAUUUGCUCUCCUUCCGGUUUAAUAAAUAGGUCGAGGAUCCCGGAAUAUCCGUAAUUUAAAUAAUUAAACAAUCGUCGGAUCGAUCUACGUUUGCUCCGUUUCUCCCAGUUGAAUUUUAUACGAUUUUUAAUAACAAUCCCUGGGAGAAGGGAGUACUUGCUGAUGAUGCCUCGACCCUUGAUCAUGAUUCCGAGGUUACUGGUUAAUAAAUAGGACGAUAAUUCAGGAAUGCCCGUAAUUUAAUUAAUUAAACAGUCCAGGUCGAUCGGCGCCAUAUUGCCGCUUGUUCCAUUUUCUACCCGUUGAAUUUUGUACAAGUUUUAAUAACAAUUGCUAUAAAAAUGUA